UCACCCCUGGGGCCUUGUAAUUAUCGCCAUCCUAAUCAUAAUUUUCUCUGUGGGGCUGGCCGAAAUGGCACCAGAAAGUUGGAACCACUGCGAGAGAUUCCUGUUAGUUAUUGUUUUUCUUUUUUGAGUCUGAUGCUUUAUUGGAAUUAAGUGUUUUCUCCGCUGAUCAGAAUUAAUUAUCCCAUCCUUUGUUCCUCUCUCCUUCUUCCUUAGCUCCCUUCGGCUUUCCCUCCCGCCCUUCCGCCCGGGGCCCAGCCAGGCCGCCCGGGGUCUCACCCUCGGAAGUCGCCUGCGCGAACUCUUCCACCGCUAGUCUCAGCCCUUUCAGGGCCGCCUCCGUGCCGCCCCCUGGCCAGCGGCAACCCCCCCCCCCACGCCCCCUUCUCUUCUCCACUUCCUCAGAAUCAUAACAUGGGCCAAACACAGAGCACCCCCCUCUCCCUCCUCCUCACCAAUUUCAAAGAUGUAAGAGCUAGAAGACACAGCUUAAGCCUAGACAUUCGCAAAAGGAAGUUGAUCACCUAUUGCCGCUCUGAAUGGCCCACCUUUGGGGUCAAUUGGCCUACAGAGGGAACCUUCUGCCUCCCUGUGGUCCUUAAAGUAAAAUCAAAAAUUUUCCUACCAGGGAAAGAAGGUCACCGGAUCAGAUUCCCUAUAUUCUGGUGUGGCAAGAUUUAGUGGAAAAUCCACCUCCUUGGAUGGCCUCUUUCUUAACAGCAGGGUCAUGCCAAAUCCUAGCGGCUAAACCUAUCAACUCUCCCAAGCCGCCAACUCCAACUGCACCCCCUGUUCUCCUCGACAGCCAAGAUUUACUUUCCCUUGACCCUCCCCCUUACCAGAUUCCCCCCCUUAUUCCUCAAGCUGCCCCCAUCCCUGCCCCCGACCCUAUUCCCCCUGCGCCAGCAGAACCUCCCUUAGCCCAGCCAAUAGAAGAACUAGAGAAUAGGGAAGCUCAACCCGCGCCUAUGCCUAGUGGGGGUGAAGUCCAAGGGCCAGCUGGACGCACCGGUAGGCGGGCCCCACAUGAGCCAGGACUCCAUCUUCCUGACUCCACCGUAGCUUUACCCUUACGGGAAAUAGGGCCUCCCGAUGAUACGGGGAACCCCCGACUUCAAUACUGGCCCUUCUCCACCAGUGACCUAUAUAACUGGAAAACCCAGAAUGCCCGAUUUUCUGAUAACCCUAAAGAUUUAAUAGCUCUCCUGGACAGCAUUAUGUUUACCCACCAACCCACCUGGGAUGAUUGUCAGCAGCUCCUCCGAAUCCUUUUCACCACCGAGGAGUGAGAGAGAAUUCAAUUGGAAGCAAGAAAGCUGGUUCCUGGAGACGAUGGCCAACCUACUGCUAACCUUAAUCUCAUUAAUGCAGCUUUUCCCUUGACUCGACCCCCACAGGAUGACUAGGACUACAACACGGCAGAAGGUAGGGGGCGGCUACGCAUUUAUCGCCAGACUCUAAUGGCGGGUCUCCGGACUGCUGCACGCAAGCCCACUAAUUUGGCUAAGGUAUAUGCAGUAAUACAAGGUAAGACAGAGAGCCCUGCCACUUAUUUAGAAAGAUUAAUGGAAACCUUCAGACAGUAUACCCCCAUGAACCCCGAGGCCCCCGAAAAUCAAGCUGCUGUUGUAAUGGCCUUUGUAAAUCAGGCAGCCACUGAUAUUAAAAAGAAACUCCAGAAACUAGAGGACCUGGAGGGAAAACAGAUUCAGGACUUACUCCGCAUUGCCCAGCGUGUCUAUAAUAAUAGAGAGACUCCAGAGGACAGGCAACUUAAAGCUACCGAGAAAAUGACCAAAGUCCUGGCCGCUGUUGUCCAAAAUCCCCUGGAUAAACAAAAGCCCCUAGAUAAGGACCAAUGUGCCUAUUGCAAAGAAAAAGGCCAUUGGGCCCGAGAAUGCCCUAAAAAGAAAAAGCCACGUCAUGAUCAAAAACCGUGGCAGCCAAAAACCACACCUGCCCUCUUCACUCAAGAUGCAGAAAAGGGGGGACGGGGUUCGGAUCCCCUCCCCGAACCUAGGGUAACGCUACAAGUGGAGGGGAACGCAGUUCAAUUCCUAGUCGACACAGGGGCACAAUCGGUCUUGAUCAGACCCCAUGGAAAAAUUUCUGAAAAAUCUUCCUGGGUCCAAGGGGCUACUGGAAUAAAAAAAUAUCCCUGGACCACCCAGAGGACUGUGGACCUAGGAAAUGGAAAGGUCACCCAUUCCUUCCUAGUCAUCCCCGACAGCCCAUGCCCCUUAUUAGGAAGAGACUCACUAAUGGGGGCCCAGAUUCAUUUUACGCCAGGGGGCCCCCAAGUGACUGGCCCUCACAACCAACCCAUGACCGUACUUACUCUAAGAUUAGAAGAUGAAUAUCAACUCCAUCAGGAGCCACCCUCACAAAGUCAAAACAUAGAGCCCUGGCUCCAGCAGUUCCCAGAAGCAUGGGCUGAAACCGGGGGUAUGGGGUUGGCUAAACAUCGCCCAGCUCUAUUCAUAGAGCUGAAACCGGGGGCAGAUCCAGUUCGGGUCUGACAGUACGCGAUGUCAAUGGAGGCCAGAAGUGGCAUCACGCCACAUAUCCGUCGCCUCCUAGACUUAGGCAUCUUGCGUCCCUGCCAUUUAGCCUGGAACACCCUCCUGCUGCCUGUACGAAAACCUAACAGUGCGGACUACCGUCCAGUACAAGAUCUAAGAGAAGUUAACCGCCAAGUCAUAGACAUACACCGAACAGUGCCCAGCCCCUAUACCCUCCUAAGUGCCCUCAGCCCAGAAAGAUAAUGGUAUACUGUCCUUGAUUUAAAAGAUGCUUUUUUCAGCCUGCCUCUGGCCCCCAAAAGCCAAGAGCUCUUCGCCUUCGAGUGGUCCGACCCUGAGAGGGGCAUAAAUGGGCAACUCACCUGGACCCGGCUCCCCCAAGGAUUUAAAAACUCACCCACCUUGUUCGAUGAGGCACUUCACGAGGAUCUGGGUCCGAGGUAACUUACUUGGGGUACCUGUUAAGAGAAGGCCAGCGGUGGCUCACUGAUGCACGGAAGGAAACCGUCUUCCGCAUCCCCCGACCCACAACGCGAAGGCAGGUGAGAGAAUUCCUGGGAUCGGCCGGGUUCUGCCGCUUGUGGAUAUCUCGGUUCGCCGAGAUGGCUAAGCCUCUUUACCUGGUCACCCGAGAACAGGCGCCCUUCGAGUGGACAGAGGAAACUGAGCAGGCUUUCCAACAAAUUAAACUCGCCCUGUUGUCAGCGCCAGCCUUAGGGCUCCCCAAUGUCUCCAAACCCUUUCAUCUCUUUGUAGAUGAAAACAAGGGGGUAGCCAAAGCAGUGCUGAUGCAACUCCUUGGUCCAUGGCCCAGGCCCAUUGCCUAUCUUUCAAAAAGACUAGACCCAGUAGCGGCUGGCUGGCCCCCUUGCCUCCAUAUGAUCGCUGCUACAGCUCUAAUGGUAAAGGAUGCUGAUAAGUUAACUAUGGGACAGGAGUUACAUGUUACAACCCCUCAUGCCAUCGAGGGAGUCCUCAAACAAACUCCUGACCGAUAGAUAAGUAACGCCCGACUGGUUCACUACCAGGGACUAUUAUUAAAUCCCCUCAGAAUCAUGUAUGCUCCCCCCCCCCUCCGAACACUAAACCCUGCCUCCCUGUUACCAGACCCGGACUUAGAUACCCCCCUCCAUGACUGCGCUGAGAUAUUGGCACAGGUUCAUGGAGUUCGGGAAGAUUUACAGGAUCACCCUCUACCAGACACCGAGGUUACCUGGUUCACUGACGGCAGCAGCUUUGUACAUCAGGGUCAAAGGAUGGACAGAGGCCUUCCCGACCAAACAUGAGACUGCGCAGGUAGUAGCAAAGAAAAUGUUGGAAGACAUCAUGCCCAGGUACGGAUUCCCUACCCUAAUAGGAUCAGACAACGGACCAGCGUUCGUUUCAAAGGUAAUACAAGGGAUAGCACAGUUUAUUGGGGCCGAUUGGAAACUACAUUGUGCAUAUAGACCCCAAAGAUCAGGACAGGUAGAAAGAAUGAAUAGAACCCUAAAAGAGACCCUAACCAAAUUGACCAUGGAGACUGGCGCUAACUGGGUAGUCUUACUCCCCUACGCUCUGUUCAGGGUGCAGAACUCCCCUUACAAGCUGUGAUUAACCCCCUUUGAAAUCAUGUAUGGAGUUUCCCCCCCCCCCAUAAUUCCCAACCUACAGUCUAAUGUGUUAACUGAAUUUGAUGAUCAUAAACUUCUUAUUUCCUUGAGGGAACUCCAGCACACCCACCAGGAAGUUUGGCCCAGAUUGAGAGCCAUUUAUGAGAACGGGCCCCCUCCUGAGCCGCAUCACUACUGACCCGGAGAUUGGGUGUACGUGCGGAGACACAAGCAAAAGACCCUCCAACCACGGUGGAAGGGACCUUACAUUGUGAUCCUGACUAUGCCCACCACUCUCAAAGUCGACGAGAUUGCUGCCUGGAUCCAUUACACCCACGUCCGACCAGCUGAUCCCUUUGCAGUUCGAGAAGACUUCGUCCCGGAAGCCAACACUGCCUGGACAGUUGACCAGAGUAAGACCCAUCCUUUAAAAUUAACUCUGUGCCGAAGACCCAGACCGGCUCCUGACCCAUAAUGACAAAAGGAACAUUCAUCAGCAUACUCCAACUCACUUCCUACGGACUGAUAAGUAUUGCGGGCAACCCUCAUAUACUCUAUACCUUAACGUGGGAAAUUACUAAUUUAGAAACUCAUGAAGUCUAUAAUACCACCACAAAACCAGAUACCCCCUUAAAUUCUUGGUGGCCCGACCUAUUUUUCAACCUAGAGGAUGUAGCUGUCUCCAUGGGAUUACUCCCCAGCAUACCUGGGGAACGAGGAGCUCUAAGCCAGAAGGGAUUCUAUGCAUGCCCAGGGUUCGGACAGAACGCUGACACCACAUGUGGAGGAAUUUUAAAGUACUACUGUAAGUCCUGGAGUUGCAUCACUUCCAAUGAUGGGAACUCCAAAUGGAAAGUAAACCCCCAUUAUAUUGACAUGACAUUUGCUAGCCCCUGCCCCAAACGCAAGCUAGCAGGUCAAUAUUUUGGAACAGGUCCCUGUAACCUUAUCCGCAUUAAAUUUCUAGAAGACGGGAAAAAAGAUACUAGAUGGACCACUGGGCUUAAUUGGGGAAUCUAUUUAUAUCGGGGACCACCCUACUAUGCAACUGUUAUUCAGAUAAAACUGAAGGCAGAACCCAAGACUCUACCAACCCUAGUAGGGCCAAACCAACUGGUAGGGCCCCCGAAUAAGCCUGACCCUACCCAACGGCCCACAGAUAAGAGCGCUAAUCCUCCCAAUUCUCCGACCACUCAAGCAGUCCCUAUAGUCAGGACUACUUCAAAAAAAUAAAACCCCUUCCCACAACCCCUCCGUUAACCCUGGGGGCUCGUCAAAAAUUCAAUCCCCAUUUAAAAAUGACCCCUUAGGGGCGCCUGGGUGGCGCAGUCGGUUGAGCGUCCGACUUCAGCCAGGUCACGAUCUCGCGGUCCGUGAGUUCGAGCCCCGCGUCAGGCUCUGGGCUGAUGGCUCAGAGCCUGGAGCCUGUUUCCGAUUCUGUGUCUCCCUCUCUCUCUGCCCCUCCCCUGUUCACGCUCGGUCUCUCUCUGUCCCAAAAAUAAAUAAACGUUGAAAAAAAAAUUUAAAAAAAAAAAUGACCCCUUAUGGGCAAUGAUAAAUUCCACUUACCAGGCCUUAAACCAUACUAACCCUAAGGAGACAGAAGCUUGUUGGCUAUGCUAUUCUAUACAACCUCCAUUUAACGAAUCAGUAGCAGUAGUAGGAAACUAUAGCACCGCAAACAACUCAGACUCUUGCGAUUGGGGACCAAGAAGACCCGGCCUCACACUACCAGUACUUACAGGAAAUGGGACAUGUAUAGGAACAGUGCCAACAAAAUAUAGCCACUUAUGCAUAAAUAACAGAAGUAUAUUCAAUACUUCAGAAAAUUGGAUUAUUCCACCAGAUAACUCAUGGUGGCUUUGUUCUCAUGCGGGAUUAACUCCUUGCCUCUAUAAAGAUAUGUUCAAUCAGUCAGAAUUCUGUGUAAUGGUAAUUGUGUUCCCAAAAAUCAUAUACCACACAACUGAGUAUGUAGACCAGAUGUGGAUAGCACCCAAAAGAGUGACUAAGAGAGAACUCAUUACUGCAGGGGCUCUAACUCUGGCCACCAUAUUUGGACUCGGGGCCAUCGGAACCGGGACAGGGAUCUCUGCCUUAACAAUACAAAACAAGGGAUUUAGUAUACUUAGGGAAGCGGUUGACAGAGAUAUAGAAAAAAUAGAGACUGCCAUCACUUCGCUUGAAAAGUCCCUAACCUCCCUCUCAGAAGUAGUUUUACAAAACAGGAGAGGAUUAGACCUGCUGUUCCUACAGCAAGGUGGUCUCUGUGCAGCACUAGGAGAAGAGUGUUGCUUCUAUGCUGACCACACAGGAAUAGUAAGAGAUUCUAUGGCCAAGGUCCGAGAAGGGCUAAAUAAACGAAAAAAAGAAAGAGAACAGGAGGCAGGAUGGUUUGAAUCCUGGUUCAAUACGUCCCCUUGGUUAACUACCCUGCUCUCCGCUUUACUCGGGCCUCUGGCCAUUCUACUUCUCACUCUCACAUUAGGCCCCUGCAUCAUAAACAAAAUUAUUAAUUUUGUCCAAGACAGGUUCAAUGCUAUACAAUUAAUGGUCUUACGAACUCAAUACCAACCGCUCGAGACAUUACAAAUAGAAAACUAAAGAUCCAAGAUUGGCUCUUUAGGCACAAGAAAAAGGAGGGAAUGAAAAGAACAGCUUUAAAUCCAAAUGACAGCCCUGCCUUAGUUUAAAGCUAAAGUUCUCUUUUCUGCUUAUUAUGGAUCUUUGAUAAAAAAUACAAUUGCUGAGUAGUCUGUCUUGCUUGCUGUUUGCUACGAGCGUUGUGAACCCUUUCCUGAAUGUAACUCACUAUGUAAUAGAGUAAGUUGUGAAACUUCCUACAUGUAGUCUGGUAUGUAAUAGAAUAAGUGAUUGUACAUGAACUAACCGGCAUUUCUUGCUUCUGUAAACUUGCUUGCUCAACACAUUCCUCCUCUACCCCCAUUCCCCUUUCCCCUUUUUCCUCCCGCCACAAGUAACGGACAAAGCCUUCCCGCCAAAGAACAGACAAAGGAUGCCCAAUCAGAGAACGACAAAUGACCUUACUUUAAAACCAACUAAUCAGGCCCUCAUAUUUUGAAACCUCCCCUGUGCUCUUUGUCCCUGUCCAUAAAAACGCUGUACCAACCCUGAUCGAGGCCUCUUAGCGUCACCGGCGACGAGUGCGCGGAGGUCCAGGUUCGAACCUGCACUAAACGACCCUUGCUGCUUGGCUUUGA